AUCGCUGUUGUGGGGAUAUUUCAUAUUUGCAUUGAUUUGUUGGUUACCUACUUCGUAGAUGGUUGUCAUGGUAACCGAACAGCUGUGUGAUUUUGGGCUUUGAUUUAUGUCAAUAUAUUUUUCAUGUUAGAAAACGAUCGUUUAUUUUGAUAUUGUACUUUAAUGAAGAAAUGGCAGAUAAAAGGGAAUUUAAGAAUCCGUACGAUGAUUUUGUGCCGAAUAAAGAGAACAGUGGUUUCAAUUUGGAAGAUGGGAAGAUACUUCAAGAUUUUCAAGAGAAAUUGCUGUCUGCUAUAAAUAAAUUGUUAACUGAACUUCAUGCAGGACUUCAUGAGAGUGAUAGUCACGAUUAUUCAGUCUACACUGGAACAUCUGGAAUAGCCCUGUUGUACAUCUUGAUGAGUCAGAGGCUUGACAACUCAUAUGAAGAAAGAGCUCUGAAAAUGACAGAGAGAGUGCUUUCAAAGCUCAAAAAUCACCGUGUAAGCUUUCUGAAUGGGGAUGCAGGUCCACUGGCCAUUGGUGCUCUGCUGUAUCACAGACAGGGUGUGGAGCCUAUGUGUCAAGAGUGCAUUGACAGGCUGAAGAAGAUGUUACCGCAGGUAUUGAAUCUGAGCUCAGAUCUACCUGAUGAGAUAUUAUAUGGACGAACAGGAUACUUAUUUGCUCUUUUGUACCUACACAAACAUCUUGGACAAGACAUAAUUGACUCCAAAAUCAUUCAACAGGUGGUAUCUGCAGUUCUCAGCUCAGGCAAAAAACUUGCCCAACAGGAGGGCAGAAAUGUACCCUUGAUGUAUAUGUGGCAUGGAAAAUAUUAUCUGGGAGCGGCACACGGCAUAUCAGGAAUACUCUACAUGUUGCUUCAGGCUAAGGACUACAUGUCUGAAUCUGAUCUCAAUAAUUUGGUUCGCCCAACAAUUGACUAUCUGCAAGGGUUAUGCUUCCCUUCCGGUAACUUUCCUUCAUCCCUCGGCAACAACACGGACAGACUGGUACAGUGGUGUCAUGGAGCUCCUGGGAUUGUGUUUCUGUUUGCCCAAGCAUAUAAGGUGUUUGGUGAUGAUCAGUAUCUCCAAACAGCAUUGAAAUGUGGGGAUGUGGUGUGGAGGAGAGGUAUGCUCUCAAAGGGUUACAGCAUUUGUCAUGGAGUAGCUGGAAAUGGGUACACAUUCCUCGUUCUAUAUCACUUAACUGGGGACCUCAAACAUCUUCAUCGAGCCUGCAAAUUUGCAGAAUGGUGUAUGUCUUAUGGGAAACAACAAUAUCAUACUCCUGAUAGACCCUUGUCACUGUUUGAAGGUAUUUCUGGUGUAAUUCAUUUCCUGGUGGAUGUUCAAGAACCCAAGCUGGCCAAUUUUCCUGCAUUUACGUUGUAACACAUUUGUUGUCUGUAUUUUAAUUAAAGGCGUUCAAAAUUGUCCUGCAGUUAAUUUCCAGAAUGCAUUGUUUUGACUGCUUGUCCUGAAUAUAAGAUUAGUUGUAAUGAACAUAUUUAAUAUUAACUGUUUAGUAUCUGUCACUCUCUAUGGAACAUUACAAGAAUCAUUUAGGAUAGGAUUCCAAAGUGUCUAGCUUUAGUAACGCAGUUUCCAACAUGGUUAAAACCUGUUUUUAAAUUGAGAAGUGUACAAUUACACAAUGAUCAGCUGUAGGUGGUACAACACUGCAGUGCUGUACAACAUAGACCACUGCAGUUUCUUUAUCCUGGUCCCAGAUUGUAUUUUCAUAAUUGUAUUCACAAGUCUGUUGUAUAUCAAGUAAUUCAAGUUAAAAAUAAAUGAUUAAUAAAUAUAA